GUCAUAAUCAAUUUAGAAAUACAAGUAACUCAGCUUGGCAUUAUUACAAUUGAUAUUUUAUGCCAACAUUUCAUUAAAUAUAAAUUAUUAUUCUAUCGAUAAUAUGGGAAAUUGUCUGCAAAUUGAUUGCAUUGACUGCGAGAAUGACAAGAAAAAUUCAACAAUCAAGAGGAAUUCCGUGUAUCGUCCCAUCUAUUACUUUAAGAUAUUAUUUGUCGGCGACCAAAAUGUUGGCAAAUCAUGUCUAUUGAGUCGACUGACCAACACAUGCGAUGACCCCAUAUCGCCCACAAUGGGAGUGGAUUUCGCCCGAAAGUCUAUGUAUAUCGACGAGUGUUUAGUGAAGUUUCACUUUUGGGAUCCGUCUGGCGAUCAAAAGUUUAGAAAUCUUUUGCCCAAUUAUUUCCAAGGAAUAAAUGCGGUUCUGUUUAUGUAUGAUAUUUGUGAUGAACAGAGUUUCGUAUCAUUGAAUGACAGCUGGUGUCCCAUAAUCCGGGCAAAUGCCAGACCGCAGCCACUGCUCAAACUGAUUGUCGCUAAUAAAUCAGACCUGUCUUCAAAUCGUGUCAUUAGUGUCUCUAAAGGAAUACAAUUCGCAAAUCAGACCAACUCUUUGUUUAUGGAGGUGUCGGCCAAAAGCGGGCAUAACGUCGAUAAUCUUCUCUUCAUUAUUGGACAACAAUUGAUUGCAAUUCAAAAUCAAUUAUCACAGCAAUGAUACAAUUGUGC